AUGGGGUCCCGGGAGUUGAGCCUAGCUCCACUCACUCCUGGCACCAGCAGCUCCCAGGCUGCAGGGAGGGAGCUGGCUGGGUGCAAUCGCCUGAGGAGCCAGGUGCCAGGUUGGAGAAGAAAGGACUGGUCCUGCUCGCUCAUCGUGGCGGCGCUCGUGGGCGCCUUCGGCUCCUCCUUCCUCUACGGGUACAACCUAUCAGUGGUGAACGCUCCCACGCCGCUGAAGAUAAUUCAGAAAUAGUUGGAGCAGAAGUACACUUUGCUGAUCAACAAUGGGUUUGCGAUUUCUGCUGCAUUGCUGAUGGCCUGUUCUGAGAAGGCAGGAGCCUUUGAAAUGCUCAUCGUGGGUCGCUUCAUCAUGGGUGUGGAUGGAGGCAUUUCCCUCAGCGCACUCCCCAUGUAUCUGAGUGAGAUCUCACCCAAGGAGAUCCGUGGCUCUCUGGGGCAGGUGACUGCCAUCUUCAUCUGCAUUGGUGUGUUCACUGGGCAGCUGCUGGGUCUGCCUGAGCUGCUGGGACAGGAGAGCACUUGGCCAUACCUCUUUGGAGUGAUUGUCGUCCCUGCCCUCAUCCAGCUGGUCAGCCUGCCCUUCCUCCCCGAGAGCCCACGCUACCUGCUCUUUGAGAAGCAUGAUGAAGCAGGAGCUGUGAAAGCCUUCCAGACAUUCCUGGGCAAAGAGGAUGUUUCGCGAGAAGUGGAGGAGGUCCAGGCGGAGAGCCGCGUGCAGAGGAACAUCCGUGUGGUGUCUGUCCUGGAGCUGCUAAGGAGCCCCUUUGUCCGCUGGCAGGUCAUCACCGUGAUCAUCACCAUGGCCAGCUACCAGCUGUGCGGCCUUAAUGCGAUCUGGUUCUACACCAAUAGCAUCUUUGGAACGGCUGGGAUUCCUCCAGAAAAGAUUCCAUAUAUCACCUUGAGCACAGGUGGCGUGGAGACUUUGGCUGCCAUCUUCUCUGGCUUGGUCAUUGAGCGCCUAGGACGGAGACCACUCCUGAUUGGCGGCUUCGGGCUGAUGGCCAUCUUCUUUGGAAUCCUCACCAUCACACUGACACUGCAGGACCGCGCCACCUGGAUCCCUUACCUGAGCAUCGUGGGCAUCCUGGCUGUCAUCGCCUCCUUCUGCAGUGGGCCAGGUGGCAUCCCAUUCAUACUGACUGGCGAGUUCUUCCAGCAGUCGCAGCGGCAGGCUGCCUUCAUCAUCGCUGGCACCGUCAACUGGCUCUCCAACUUUGCUGUUGGUCUCCUGUUCCCAUUCAUUCAGGAAAGUCUGGAUACCUACUGCUUCCUGGUCUUCGCUGCAAUCUGUGUCGCAGGUGCUAUCUACUUCUAUUUUGUCCUGCCUGAAACCAAAAACAGAACCUACGCAGAAAUCAGCCAGGCCUUUGCCAAAAGGAACAAGGCAUACCCUCCAGAGGAGAAAAUUGACUCAGUUAUAACUGAUGAUAAGACCAAUGGAAGACCUGAACCAGACUCCUCCUCCACACUGGACAAUCAUGCUAAAGACAGGGUUGUCUAGAUGGACAAUCUUGUCAUUUCAGGAAGCCAGAGACUUCCCUGUUUUGGGGAAGGCUCAAAUCGAUUGGAGCCAUGCAAGCCUUACAUUUUUGAGUAUUUAAAAAUAAACUUGUAUAUGCUAAUCUGA